GAGCUGCGACAAAUCAUCACCCGCUUUGAAACAAACCAGAGGCUCUGAAACAAACCAUUUAAGUCCGAAGGUCGUUUCCUCGACAACGUUUGUAAACGUCGCUAAGAGACGACACUUCAACCACUUUGGUCUGAACUCCAGCUCAGAUUUAGCUAAAUGUUAGCAAGCCAAUUUGAAAUAGCUAGCUAUCUAGAAAAAAAAAAACACAAAUACGAAUUGUUGGCAAUAGUAUAUAUUUAGUAGAAUAGAAUCUAUGGAGUCAGCCAACGUUAGCAAAUUUAGCUACAUUAAGUUACUUUUCUAACCAGCCAUAUUACAUAGCCUACAUUUUCUACCGUUAGCUAGCCCAUGAUAUCGAUGAGAAAUGUCCGCGAAUAUUAACCCCCUUGCAAAUCCAAAAGGAGCGAACAAAGUAUGCGAGCUUUGUGAAAAACCAGCGUACAUUCAAUGCACGAAGUGUUUCGUCACUUUCUACUGUGGCAAAGAGCACCAGGAGGAUGACUGGGUAGCGAUCCACAAGAAGGUGUGCCAGCUGCUGAUCCCUGUCCGCACUCCUGUGCCCUACUACACCCUGGAAGCAGAAAGGGAGCAGCACUGCUCCCAGAUCCUGGAGAGACAGGUACCCAUAACUGCACAGACCGGUACACAUGACCAAAAAGUUUUUGAGAAGAGGCACAAGGAGUCCCUCCCAGCAGCUCUUCUCUCCCUGCGCUCCGCCAUGGACAUCUACGGCACCAGCGGAGUCCAGCUGGUCCCCGCCUACCUUCUGCUGGCCGAGGCCAACAUCGGCCUGGGUAAUCUCUCCCCGGCUGAGCAGUACCUGUCCUGGGCAGACUGGACGGUGGUAAGGACUCCAGACUGCAGCCGGACAGUUCGCCACAAGCUGCACCGCUGCAUGGGCCGGCUCUUCAUCGUCAAAGGCAACCUGGAGGGGGCGCUGUUUCACCUGGCCAAUGACAUCUACUACGCCAGUGAAGAGUAUGGCCAGGAUAGCAUUGUGACGUGUGGUGGCUACUAUCUGAUGGCAGACGUGUUUUUUAGGCAGGGAAAGAUGGACAUUGUAAAUUCCCUGUACACAGAGGUAGCAAAUACCUGGCACACCCACCUGAGCAGACUUCUGGAGAAACACAUGGAGAACACCAUUACACCAGAGGAAUCUUUCGACGAGGCCCAGCAGGCCGAAGCAGACCAGAUGCUCCGCUCCAUGCUGGACGUCCCGGACGGUUGCCCCGAGCAGCAGCCCAACCAAUCGGCCGCGCUGGCCCACUCCCUGGGCAUGCUCUGGCUCCUGGGCGGAGACCCCGACAAGGCGCUGGAGUUUGGCAAGAGGGCCCUGUUGUCCAGCCAGCUGGUGCCGGACUGCAGCCUGACCGAGCCCAUCCAAAGGCUGCUGCAGCUGGCCGAGGAAGACCUGAACGCUGCCAAAAAGGGCUGGCCUGAACUCCCCCACUACCCCAGCGCGCACACCGAAAACCAACACAGUGCCCAGUGUUCAGGAGGUAAAAUCGCCCUCUAAUGGGACGCAGACUGGUUUUGAAAAGUAGGUGCUCCCGUUGUGAACAGUAAUUAGCCUGUUAGCUUGCUGUGUGUCUCCUUUGGUUUUCAUUACGACAUAAUGCCACCCAGCACAAUAAAUUUGCUUAAAAAUAUCAGUAUUUAUUCUGUAGAAAUAUGAAAUAUCCACUGAUAUUUAAAAGGGCCUUGGUGUGCUGCCUGGCAUUCAUUUUUUCAGUUUUCCAUGUACUUUGAACCUGGUAGCAGUUCUGACGUGUAUAUUCCUUUUUAAAAGACCCUCUGGUUUCAAUAUUUUCAUAUAUUUUUCCAUUAAAUAAAACCUGUAUAAUCUAAAUAUAA